AUGGCAGCAAGAGAGUGCUGUAGCAUCCUGGUCCGUGCAUCACGGCGGGCAGCAGCUCCAGUACAGCGACGAUGCUUUGCUUCCUGCUCGCGGUUGCUGCUCGAUCAGCAGCAAGCCACACCGACUCCUUCGGGCUCUGCACCUCCGCCCUCGUCCGGCAGUGCCUCACCAGCAGCGGCGAACAAGAAGCUAGACCCCAUCGUGGAAGCCAUAUCUCAACUGAACCUGCUCGAAGCCUCUGAACUCGUCACUCAGCUGAGGAGUAAGCUCAAUAUUGCCGAUAUCGCCAUGCCGUCUGCUGCUCCUGCUGCUCCUCCUGCCGCUGCAUCGAGCGAAGGCGCUGCGCCCGUGGAGGAGGAAAAGCCAAAGGAGAAGACGAGCUUCACGCUCAAGUUGACAAAGAUCGACGCCGCCCAGAAAGCCAAAGCCAUCAGAGAGGUCAAGUCGAUCAUGCCCUCUAUGAAUCUCGUCGAGGCAAAGAAGUUUGUCGAGAGCUUGCCGCAGACGCUCAAGGAGGACUGCAGCAAGGAGGACGCAGAGAAGCUGAAGAAGGCCAUGGAAGCCGUCGGUGCCGUCGUCUCGGUAGAAUGA